AGUGUAGUGGGGAGUAUCUGAGAUGAUUGCGAUGCCCAGUUAUAAAUCAUGGUUGUUUGAAUGUAUGGAGCACUGUGUGUGAAUUUAUCGGCAGUAAAGACUGCUGCCAUAUGACCCAGUAUCCGCAACGCCCUAUAGCCCAGGUUGGUGUCAUCCACAAUUAUAUCACUGCACAUCACUGAGCUAAACUGGAGUAUGCCGAUACCGAUGCAACUAGGCAACUAUUGUCAGCAUCGGCGUUGUAAAGAUGAGCUAGUGUCCGAAGGCAGCCCGUGCUUGUUCUCAAGUGCGCGCCUGCGUGCAGUGGUAGCUCUUGCUGUUGGCUGCGGCCCGCAGUGUCAGCCCCCGACCUCGGUGGGUCGGCCGUGCUUGUCUGAACCCACACGGUGGCCUGUGUUUCAGAACUUCGUGAGUCGCGCCGUCCUGGAGACGAUGGGGUCGUGUCUGCACAACAAAUACUCGGAGGGAUAUCCUGGCCAGAGGUACUACGGCGGCACCGAGGUGGUGGACAAGGUGGAGCUGCUGUGCCAGGAGCGCGCGCUGCAGGCCUACCGGCUGGACCCGGCCCGCUGGGGCGUCAACGUGCAGCCGUACUCGGGCUCGCCGGCCAACUUCGCCGCCUACACGGCCGUGCUGAAGCCGCACGACCGUCUGAUGGGGCUCGACCUGCCCGACGGCGGACACUUCAAAGAGCGGGAAACCAAAUGUGUUCAAGGUGCCGGCUCCAGCCUCAAGCCAGUCUCAAAAGCUGGGUCGCCGGGCUGCCAUCUGACGCACGGCUUCAUGACGGAGACAAAGCGGAUCUCGGCCACGUCCGUCUACUUCGAGUCGAUGCCGUACCGGCUGGACCCGCGCACGGGCACCAUCGACUACGACAAGCUGCAGGAGACGGCGCGUCUCUUCCGGCCCCGGCUGGUGAUCGCUGGCACGAGCGCCUACUCGCGCCUGCUCGACUACCAGCGCUUCAGGCAGAUCUGCGAUGACGUGAAGGCGUACCUGCUGGCGGACAUGGCGCACAUCUCCGGUCUGGUGGCCGCCGGCGUUAUCCCCAGCCCGUUCGACUACGCUGACAUGGUCACCACCACCACACACAAGACACUGCGCGGCGCCAGGGCCGGCCUCAUCUUCUACCGACGCGGCGUGCGCUCCGUGGACCCGAAGACGGGCCGCGAGCUAAUGUGGGACCUGGAGAGCCGCGUCAACCAAGCCGUGUUCCCCGCGCUGCAGGGCGGGCCGCACAACCACGCCAUCGGCGGCGUGGCCGUCGCCCUCCGGCAGGCGCAGACGCCCAUGUUCCGGGCGUACCAGGAGCAGGUGCUGAAGAACGCCAAGGCCAUGUCGGAGGCGCUGACCAAGGCCGGCUUCUCGCUGGUGUCGGGCGGCACAGACAACCACCUGGUGCUGCUGGACCUGAGGCCGAAGCAGCUAGAUGGCGCGCGCGUCGAGAUGGUCUGCAACCUUUGCAACAUUACCGUCAACAAGAACUCGGUGCCGGGCGACAAGUCGGCGCUGAACCCGGGUGGCCUGCGCCUCGGCGCUCCCGCCCUGACCUCGCGCGGCCUGACCGAGAGCGACUUCGAGCGGGUCGUCGCGCUGAUCAACGAAGCGGUCGAGAUCGCCACUCAGCUCAAGACCAAGACCGGCAAAAGUCUGAAGGACUACCGGGCGGCGCUGGCGAGUGACGCCGAAAUCAUCGACAAAGUGGCCGACCUGAAGCGGCGCGUGCGCCACUUCGCCGCACAGUUCCCCAUGCCCGGCUUUGACGAUCAUUAAGGCGCGACCGGUGCCAUAGCCGCUUCGCCAGCUCGGGGAUUUGCGAGGCAUCGGUGGAUUGAAGUUGUAAAGGCGGCGCAGUGCCGUCAUCGCGGUGCUGUAACGCAUUGUCGGGAUCGUCGCGAGUUUUGUGGUACAUGAUCUUUCAUGUUUCCAAAAACAGACCUUAGGUACAGUAUGUCGUAGUGUAGCUGCUUUAGGAGCUACCCGACUAAGUGUCAUUUUGUGAAUAUUAUUUUUACCUAUUCCCUUUCGUAGAGGGUGGUUUCUAUCAUUCUGCUUAACCAUGGCAUCACUAAGUCAUUUACGCCCCUGCGUUGAUUAAACUAGUGCGACGGCUGGU